CACUCGCCUUCUCUCCCCGCCAUCCUAAGCGCCGAACCCCCUUCUACCUUAUCCACUUGUGACCUCCCUCUGCGUACCCUCUCUUAUCCGCCCCACUCCUAGUAACUCCCUUCUCAACUAUUUCUGUGGUUCAUAUAAUUUCGAGCCGCAUAUAAAGGCCUGACUGCCGCAUCAUGGCUGCCCUCGCCUGUCAAACCGCCUCCUUCCAGGCGAGGCUUGACUCCCGAGCCUCGCUUGCAGCUGCAGCGCUUGAUGGCGGCCGCUCGCUGCCGUCGCUAUCAGCUAGGCUCGGCCCACAAGGAGGCUCGGAUGAGGCCGGUAGGCUCGGCAGCGGCUUCUGGGGCCAGAAGGUGCGGAGCGUCGCCCCACAGCGCGCUGCUGCCGUCGCCGCGCCGUCUGCCAGCGGGCUGAGAGUGGUCGCCAUGGCGCCGCCUAAGGCUGGCGGGAAGGCCAAGAAAGUGGUGGGGAUGAUCAAGCUGGCGCUGGAGGCGGGCAAGGCGACUCCGGCGCCGCCGGUGGGGCCGGCGCUGGGCGCGAAGGGCGUGAACAUCAUGAUGUUCUGCAAGGAGUACAACGCCAAGACGGCCGACAAGGCGGGCUACGUCAUCCCCGUCGAAAUCACCGUCUUCGACGACAAGAGCUUCACCUUCGUGCUCAAGACGCCGCCGGCGUCCGUUCUCCUGCUCAAGGCCGCUGGCGCGGCGCGUGGCUCAGCAAACCCGGCGAAGGAGAAGGUGGGGAAGGUGACGGUGGAGCAGGUUCGGGCAAUCGCCACGGAGAAGCUGCCGGACCUCAACUGCACCACGGUGGAGGCUGCCAUGCGCAUCAUUGCCGGCACCGCCGCCAACAUGGGCAUCGACGUUGUGCCGCCCAUCCUGGAGAAGAAGCAGAAGGUGGUGCUGUGAGGAGAGGGGGGAAGGGGGUGUGCAAGCAGGGGUAACAUGUAUGUGGCAUCUGAGCUUUUGGCCAUUCUCGGGAGUGCUCAUAUGAAGGUUUUAGCUGGUUGCACUGCUACCUGUGGUUCUGCCAGGCUUGUUUAGGAAAUGUUUCCAAUCAAAAGAAAUCUCUUAUAGGGGUACUGUGUCCUGUAUCAGAUUUUAUAUGCUUGGAGUAAUAGAUAUUGCAAACCGAA